GAGAACGGUGAGAAUUCAAGUGAUAUGAAAAGUGUUGAAUGUGAUGAAGAAAAAUAAAAGAGCAGAGGGAAUUGCUCCUCAAUGAUGGAUGUUUUAUGGAUCUGCAAAUAUGAGAUAAAUCUGCAUGGAAUUUACGGUGAAAAGGCCACAUCGCCAGGCAAAAUAUCGUCAGUUUGAGAGAGGAUUUCUCCGUGAGGUAAAGUGUAUUGAGUGAGGAUGAAAAAUGGAAAAUCUGGGAUUUAAGGAGGGUACUGCAAGGCCAAAACGUGAAAGAUUGACCAGAGGAUCGAGUUCUACGUCAACAGAGAAUGGAGAGGCAGAAACAACACCAUUGACACAGAGUAGCAGGUUGAAGGCGGCAGCACCGCAUUUGCGUCUCAAGUGGCGAAACUUGUCACUGGCAGUGAUUGAGGCCCAGCUGGCGACGCCAGAUCGAUGUGACUAUAUGGAAGUUGGGCAGUCACCACCAGCGGAAUUUGCUCCGAGUGUGUAUGAGGCUGUAGAGGAGCCAAGUGAACAAAUAACAGUGCAAAUAUGCAGUGAUACGAUACGUGAGAAUCUCCUGGAGGAGAUGAAGUUACUCAAUGGACGGCUAAAGUUACUCGAUGACAUUGAGCAUCAAGUGGUUACGCCAGAAAAUAUACAGGAAGCUUUGGAAGGGUCGAGUAAGGCUGAAUUGAAUCUUUGCUUCCUCUGGGCGACUUUCCUGAAGCGUCAUGAACUUCUUGAGGGUCUGCUCCAAGUAGGGGCAGAACUCUGCUACGUAGAUACCAUUGGAAUGUCUGCUCUGCAUCUGGCAGCUUUUAGUGGUUGUGUAAAGUGUACGUUGUUCCUUAUCACUCGGGGAGUUGAUGUUAACUUUCAGACUGGCGCCUACACUCCACUGCAUUGCGCAGCUUUUGGGAAUUCAGUGGAAACUGCCAAGGUUCUGAUAGAGAAUGGGGCGGAUUUGACGAUAAUCACAAAGAAGGAGAACAAUGAGGAGUCCUUACUCCACUGUGCUGUCCGGGCGAAUGCUGUGCAGUGCGUAAAGCUCUUUAUAAGUAACGGAGCCGAUGUGAACUGUGUCAAGCCUAAGGGAACGAAUGCAAUUCACCUGGCGUCGGAUCUUGGGCUAGUGAAGUGCUUGAAGGCUCUUCUGAACGCUCCAGAUGCUGAUCCAAAUGUACGAAUCAGUAGCAGUGUCAAGGAAUCCACAGCCUUGCAUUUAGCUGCAGAUGAUGGAAAUGCAGAAUGCGUAAGCUUGCUCCUGGCUAAGGGUGCCAAUGCAAAGCUGAAGAACCAUCGAGGUCUGACAGCUCUUCAUUUGGCUGCCAGGACGACGAGUUUGAAGUGCGUAGAGAAUUUGCUUCGUAUCGGAGGAGCAGAUCCCAAUGCGUUGGAUUUUGAUCACAGAACACCGCUUCAUGGAGCUAUCGGGAAGACGCAGACGUCGUUCAAGAUCCUGGAGACUCUGAUCGCAUGGGGAGCUAAUGUCAACCACCAGGAUAUCUACGGGUUUACGCCUUUGCAUCUCGCAGCGUUGGACGGAAUGUCGGACUGCGUGGAGACGUUGAUCUUCCACGGAGCAGAUGUAACACUGAAGUCGAAGAAGGGGACAACUGCUCUGAAUGUGAUCGUGCGGAAGACACCUACGUCACUCAAAAUGAUAGACCAUAAACUUGAUCAUGCGAUAACACUUCAUACUCACAAGGUUGCUAGCAAUCGUGAGGUGGAACUUGAAUUGGAUUUUGGACCAUUACUACAACACUGCCAUCCACGGGAGAUUAGUUACCUGAAGAAGAUAGUUGAGGAGAACCACAAGGAUGUGCUUCAGCAUCCUCUCUGUAGGGCUUUUCUCUAUCUCAAGUGGAAGAAGAUCAGGAAGUACUAUAUCGCUAGGUUGAUCUUUUGCUUCAUCCACAUCUUCUUCUUCAGUUUGUACGUUCUAACUGCCCUAGCUCACAAUUGCUACAACAGUAGCAAGGAUAUGGAAGAAGCGGCCUUGAUUGAAGCAACGGAACUCUGUCAGAAGCAAUCGAUGUUUGGGGAUAUGCUAAGGAGCAAUCCUUUCGUCAUUGAGAUUCAAUGGUGGGUCCUAGCGGCGUUUACGCUCGUGGAGAUUGUUCGGAAACUCUGCGGGAUUAGUGGAUACUCCACAGCUAAGCAGUACUUUUCGUCCUUUGAGAAUAUCAUCGAAUGGUUUGUGAUUGGAAGUGUUUUUAUCACUUCCUACGUUUAUAUGCAGAGGACGUACUUUUGGCAGAAUCAUAUUGGGGCCUUUGCUAUCCUUCUAGGAUGGACGAACUUGAUGCUGAUGGUUGGUCAACUGCCUUAUUUUGGGGUCUACGUGGCUAUGUAUACGAAAGUUCAGACGGAAUUUGCAAAGCUGUUUAUGGCGUACUGCUUCGUUCUCAUUGGGUUUACUAUAAGUUUCUGUAUUGUUUUUCCGGAUAGCCAGUACUUUGCGAAUCCUUUCGUGGCCUUUAUCAUUGUGUUGAUCCUCAUGACGGGAGAGAUUGAUUUGGAAAUGUUGACGAAUGAUCCGAAUGGGAAAGAUCCGCCUGUUUUACUGGAGAUCAGUGCUCAGCUUACUUUUAUAUUGUUUCUCUUCUUCAUCACGAUCAUCUUGAUGAACCUUCUGGUGGGUGUUGCUGUUAAUGACAUUGAGGCACUGAAAGAAUCUGCUGAACUUUCCAAACUUGUGCGUCAGACAGAGUUGAUCUCCUACAUUGAAUCGGCACUAUUCAAUAAGUACAUUCCAAGGUGGUUGAGGAAGCUCGUACAUGAAUCGGCCAUGGUAUCUCCGCAUGCUUACCGUGCGAUACUCUGUGUUAAGCCACAAAAUCCGGGAGAGAAGAGGCUCCCGCGGGAGAUACUCGAUGAGGCCCUUGAGGUGGGUAAACAGAGAAAAGAUUUGGAGCAUACAUUGUCCAAUGAUGGAUCAGAUACAUCAAUAAAUUACAGUUUUAGGAGGAAGGGAAGUAAGAGGAAUGGGAGUAAGGUACUGGAAAGGCAGGAAUCAAUCUGUCCUUCCAUUCAUCGGAUUGAGAGCCCUGGGAAUGAGGUGACGAAGAAGAUGGAAGACAAUGCUGAGAAAAUUGAUAUAUUGUCGAAUGAAGUGAAGGAAUUAAAGGCGAUAUUGCAUCAAAAUCACUCAACGCUCGAGCACUUGUUGUUUGUCAUGUCCAAGAGUCAUGAGACAACAACGACCACAAGAAAAAAGUCCAUAAAGAAAGGUAGAAUCACGGAUAUUCCGGAGGUAUUAAUGGAUAAUCCUGCUUUUAAUGAUGCCACGGCGAUCAAUCGCCAAGCCAGAAGAUUCUCCAGAGCUGCCAGUGUGGCUAUGGACAAUGAAGCUUCACCCUUUUCACCAACAUCACCAAGGUUCAAGACCGUAGCACCGGCUAUGAUGGUGCGCUGGCGGAAUGAUCCUCAGGCUAUGCUGGAGGAUCAGGCUGAAGGGUUUGAGUAUAUGGAAGUUGGACCAUCACCGCCGGCUGAAAGUGCACCCAGUAUGUAUGAUAGCUUUGAGGAGCCUAGCACAGAACUGAGUGUGCAGAUAUGUAGUGAGACAAUUCGGGGUAAUCUUCUGGAUCAGAUGAAGACGUGCAAUGGUCGGGUGAGGCUGCUGGAGGAUAUUGAACAGAGGAAUAUAACGACAGAGAAUGUUGUUGAGAGUUUUAGGAAUGUGGGAAAAAUUGAGAAGAAUAUUGCAUUUCUGUGGGCGACAUAUCUCAAGAGAUGGGAUUUGCUGGAGGGACUACUGCAGUCUGGUGCUGAUUUGCAGUAUACAGAUCCAAAUGGGAUUUCGGCACUGCAUUUGGCGGCAUUUAGUGGUUGUGUGAGGUGUACGGCUUUCUUGAUAUCGUGCGGAAUUGAUGUGAAUCUGCAAAUAAAGUGCUAUACACCUCUGCAUUGUGCUGCAUUUGGGAAUUCCCCAGAGACGGCUAAGAUGUUAAUAACAGCUGGUGCUAGUAUUGCAACGGUUACAGCUAAGCAGGAUUGUGAAGAAUCACUGCUGCACUGUGCUGUUAGGGCAAAUGCUGUUGAUUGUGUGAGGUUGUUUAUGGCUGAGGGGGCUGAUGUGAAUUCCUUGAAGCCAAAUGGGACAAAUCCCAUACAUUUGGCGGCAUAUCUGGGGCAUGUGCAGUGCCUUGAGGUGUUGCUGGAGACAAAAGCUGCAGAGGUGGAUAUUAAGAAUUGUAUAAGGGACAAGGAGUCCACGGCUCUGCAUUUGGCGGCUGAUGAGGGUAAUGUGGAGUGUGUGAAUUUGUUGUUGAGCAAAGGGGCUGAUGUAAAGGUGAGGAAUCACCGGGGAUUUACGCCGUUGCACCUAGCGGCUAGAUCGGCGAGUAUUGAGUGCUGUGAAUCGUUGCUGAGGACAGGGAAUGCAGAUCCAAAUGCUGAGGAUUUUGAUCAUAGAACUGCCCUUCAUGCAGCUAUUGGGAAGUCUGAUCAGGCUCUGGAUAUUCUGGAGACGCUGAUAGCGUGGGGAGCUAAUAUCAAUCACAAAGAUGUUUAUGGGUUUACAGCCCUGCAUCUAGCGGCCCUGGAUGGUCUGGCACAGUGCGUGGAAGUGUUGAUCUUCCAUGGGGCUGAUGUCACGACGAAAUCCAAGAAGGGGACAUCAGCUCUUAAUGUGAUCACGCGGAAAACACCUGCAUCACUGCAGAUGAUCAGUCAGAAACUAGACGCCGCGAUCACAUGUCAUCAGAGCCAUGAUACCGCAAAUCGCGAGGUAGAACUUGAACUAGACUUUCGGCAACUCCUGCAGUACUGUCACCCAAGGGAAAUCAGUUACUUGAACACCUUCGUGGAUGAGGGACAGAAGGAAUUUCUGCAGCAUCCGCUAUGCAGUGCGUUCCUCUAUAUCAAAUGGGGAAAAAUCCGAAAGUACUACAUUGGACGCUUGGUUUUUUGUUUCAUGUUUGUCCUCUUCCUUACGCUUUACGUGUUGACAGCCCUAGCCCAUAAUUGCUACAACAGCAGUAAGGAGAUGGAGGAGGAGAUACAGGAGCAGGAAUUGUGUCAGAAACAGUCAAUAUUGGGCAAUAUGUUGCGCAAUAAUCCCUUUGUAAUUGAGAUGCAAUGGUGGGUCCUUGUUGCCAUAACGAUUGUAGAGAUUUUCCGUAAACUCUGUGGUAUCAGUGGAUUUUCCUCAUUUCGGCAGUAUGUGACACAAUUUGAGAAUCUUAUUGAGUGGUUCGUGAUUGUUAGUGUCUUUGUGAUCUCGUACAUUUAUACGCAUCGUACGUAUACUUGGCAGAAUCACAUAGGGGCCUUUGCUGUCCUCCUAGGAUGGACGAAUCUUAUGCUAAUGAUAGGACAACUACCAGUUUUUGGUGCCUACGUCGCUAUGUACACGAAAGUCCAGGGAGAGUUUGCUAAACUCUUCAUGGCGUACUCGUGUAUGUUGAUUGGAUUCACAAUCAGUUUCUGCGUAAUCUUCCCGUCAUCUUCCCUGUUUGCCAAUCCCUUCAUGGGCUUCAUUUCCGUUCUGGUGUUGAUGAUUGGGGAACAAGAUCUAUCACUCCUGACUAACGAUCCCGACGACAAAGAUCCCCCUUUUCUCCUGGAGAUCAGUGCACAGAUCACCUUCGUCCUCUUCCUCCUCUUUGUCACCGUGAUCUUGAUGAACCUCCUCGUGGGAAUCGCUGUGCACGAUAUCCAGGCACUCAAAGUGUCUGCUGAACUCUCCAAGCUCGUACGUCAGACCAAGCUUAUCUCCUACAUAGAAUCUGCCCUCUUCAACGGCUAUCUACCAUGUUGGCUGAGACGUCUCCUUCACAAUACAGCCCUCGUUUCACCGCAAGCCUACCGGGUUGUCCUGUGCGUGAAGCCCCUAAACCCAGGCGAGAAGCGUCUCCCGCGUGAUAUCCUAAAGGCCGCUUACGAAGUUGGGAGGCAGCGAAAACACUUUGGGCAUACAAUUUCUGCCCGGAAUUCAACAGCUACCUACUUCUCCUACAAGAACCCAAUGAAACUAGACACAAAACUGGCCGAAUCCAAACUCAUAGAGAACAACAAUGCCAACAAUAUCCGUUCAGGUGAAUCAGAUUGUGGAUUCGAGACAGAAAGUAUCUGUACGCUAACGACCAAAGUCGAAGAAAGUGCAGAGAAAAUUGAGAUGUUGACGAAUGAGGUGAAGGAGCUGAAGGCGAUUCUGCAUCAGAAUCAUGCACUUAUUGAUCAACUAACAACCCUUAUGUCCAAGAAUCACAGCAACAGUCACAAGAGUCACAAGAAAGAAUUGGAUAUUGAAGUGAUCUGCAAAUGCAGAAAAUUGGGGAAGUUUAGUGAAAUGUGGAGUGAUGAUUUGAUGGAGGGUCGAAGUGUGAAGAUAAUGGAAAAUUCUGGACACAAGGAAUCAGUGAUUAAGGCAAAACGUCGACGAUCAUCUCGGGCUGCGAGUAUUGCUGUUGAGAAUGAGCACAUUCCACUUUCUAUGUCACCACGGGUGGAUGUCUUCCUUUCUCCCUUUUUCCGUGGCAGAUUCAAGACUAUGGCGCCACAGAUGAUGGUGCGCUGGAGGAAUGAUCCUCAGGCUAUGCUGGAGGAACAGUAUCCAUCGGAGGGUUUUGAGUAUAUGGAAGUUGGACCAUCACCGCCGGCUGAAAGUGCACCAAGUAUGUAUGAUAGCUUCGAGGAGCCUAGCACAGAACUUAGUGUGCAGAUCUGCAGUGAUACCUUACGGAUAAGUCUGCUGGAGCAGAUGAAGGUCACCAGUGGACGUCUCAAGCUUCUUGAGGAUAUUGAACAGAAGAAGAUUCUCAGUACGGAUGUUGUGGAUAUUUUUGCCACAGCAACCAAAGCCGAGAGGAAUCUAAGCUUCCUCUGGGCUGCUUAUCUCAAACGAUGGGAUCUCUUGGAGGAGUUCAUCGACACGGGAGCUGAUGUGAAUUUUAGUGAUAUCAAUGGAAUUUCAGCACUUCACUUGGCGGCUUUCAGUGGAUGUGUCAAGUGUACAAAGUUCCUUGUUAAUCGGGGUGUUGAUCCGAAUUUACAAACAAAGUGCUAUACGCCAUUGCACUGUGCUGCCUUUGGGAAUAGUGUCGAAGCGGCCAGUGUACUCCUACAACAUGAAGCAUCCGUGGACAUUAAUACCAGGAGGCAGCAUCUCACGCACAGCUACGAGGAAUCUCUGCUGCACUGCGCUGUCCGGGCCAAUGCUGUAGACUGUGUCAAGCUUUUCAUCACGCAUGGGGCUGAUGUGAACUCCGUCAAGUCUAAUGGAACCAAUCCCAUUCACUUAGCUGCAGAUCUAGGGUUAGCGCAAUGCUUGGAAGCCUUGCUAAGUGCCAAGGAUGCUGAUCCAAAUAUCAGGAUUUGCAUUCGCGAGAAGGAGUCCACAGCUCUUCACUUGGCAGCAGAUGAGGGAAAUGUUGAAUGCGUCACUCUACUUCUGGCCAAGGGAGCUGACGCUAAGCUGAAGAAUCACCGAGGAUUUACCCCGCUGCAUCUAGCAGCUCGGGCAGCAAGCUUAGAAUGCUGCGAGGUUUUAUUGAGGCUCGGAGGAGCAGAUCCCAAUGCCGAGGAUUUCGAUGAGAGAACUGCUCUUCAUGCUGGAAUAGGCAAGUCAGAGUCAGCGUUUGAUAUUUUAGAAACCCUUAUUGCCUGGGGAGCCAAUGUCAACCAUCAAGAUGUCUAUGGGUUUACAGCUCUGCAUCUGGCUGCUCUCGAUGGCCUGGCUCAAUGCGUAGAGAUGCUGAUCUUCCAUGGGGCUGAUGUCACGACAAAAUCCAAGAAAGGAACCUCAGCUCUCAAUGUGAUUACGCGGAAAACCCCAGCAUCCCUUGCAAUGGUUACGCACAAACUAGACGCUGCCAUAACUCUCCAUCACAGCCAGGAUACAGCAAAUCGCGAAGUUGAACUUGAACUAGACUUCAGGCAACUCCUACACCUAUCUUAUCCACGAGAAAUAAACUACCUAAACACCUUUGUAAAUGAGGGACAGAAGGAAUUCCUGCAGCAUCCGCUAUGCAGUGCUUUCCUCUACAUCAAAUGGGGAAAGAUCCGAAAGUACUACAUCGGUCGCUUGGUUUUUUGCUUCAUCUUCGUCCUCUUCCUUACGCUUUACGUGUUGACAGCCUUAGCCCAUAAUUGCUACAAUGGAAGCAAGGAUAUGGAGGAGACGAUUCAGGAGCAGGAACUCUGUCAGAAACAGAGUAUCUUGGGGGAUAUGCUGAGAAACAAUCCAUUUGUAAUGGAGAUGCAGUGGUGGGUCCUCGUAGCAAUUACGAUCUUUGAGAUAUUUCGAAAACUCUUCGGCAUCACAGGAUAUUCCUCUUUCCGGUAUUAUGUAACCCAAGCGGAGAACAUAAUUGAGUGGUUUGUGAUAACCAGUGUCUUUGUCAUCUCCUACAUCUACACCAAUCGCACAUACACCUGGCAGAAUCACAUAGGGGCCUUUGCUGUGCUCCUGGGAUGGACGAAUCUUAUGCUAAUGAUAGGACAACUACCAGUUUUUGGUGCCUACGUGGCUAUGUAUACAAAAGUUCAGGGGGAGUUUGCUAAACUCUUCAUGGCGUAUUCAUGUAUGCUAGUUGGAUUUACAAUCAGUUUCUGCGUGAUCUUUCCAUCUUCGUCGUCUUUUGCGAACCCUUUCAUGGGUUUCAUAACAGUUCUCGUUAUGAUGACCGGAGAACAGGAUCUUGAACUCUUGAUCAAUGAUCCCGAUGGGAAGGAUCCACCAUUCCUCCUUGAGAUCAGUGCGCAGAUCACCUUCGUCCUCUUCCUCCUCUUCGUCACCGUGAUCCUGAUGAACUUACUCGUAGGAAUCGCUGUACAUGAUAUCCAGGGACUGAAGAAAACAGCUGGGUUGUCCAAGCUCGUACGUCAGACCAAAUUGAUCUCAUACAUUGAGUCAGCUCUGUUCAAUGGAUACCUACCGACCUGGCUGAGGAAUCUCCUGCACUACACAGCCCUGGUAUCACCACAAGCCUACCGGGUUGUCCUGUGCGUCAAGCCGCUAAACCCAGGUGAGAAGCGUCUCCCGCGGGACAUACUGAACGCAGCUUACGAAGUUGGGAGGCAGAGGAAACACUUUGGCCAUACAAUUGCUCCUCGAAGCACGUCAGCAACGUACUUUUCGUACAAGAACAAAUUUGAUAACAAUAACAGUGCAAUUGUGGACAAAUCAACGGAUUCGGACUAUGGAUUUGAAACGGAAAGCAUUUGUACGCUGACCACAAAGAUAGAGGAGAAUGCUGAGAAAAUUGAGAUGUUGACUAAGGAGGUUCGCGAAUUGAAGACUAUUAUUCAACACAGUCACUCGUCUAUUGAUCAACUGCUGCAUAUUAUUCAGAAUUAUCAGAAAAAUAGCAGAAAGUGCGUCUGAGGAUCAUGAGAUCGUGUAUAGUGGCUUCGGAGACAGUGAAGUGAAACCUGAAAACUUCUAAAAAUGGACCUAGAUGACUUUUUCUCAGUUUCCGGUUGUGGUACUUCUAAUCGUGGUUGUAAAGUUGGUAGUAUUGUGAUCAAAUCGAAGGAAUUCAGUUCUGUUUUGUAGAAAAGUGAUACAAUUGAUACUGGCUUACUUAUUUCUUUUCUUACGACUUUCGUGGACCAAAAGUAGUCAAAUAUGGGAGUAAUACGGCUCGAUUUUGACGUAAAUUGUAUGGUUUGGAUGGGUUUUCACUAGCUUCUUCGUGUUGACUGGUCCUGAUCUCUACCCUCUUCUGUUAUCAAGAAGUUCGGUAACGAAAUGAAGUUUUUUAAUGUGAUUUUUAAUGCUUCAAUGUUAGAGUUAAAAUAAUCGAGCAAAAUGAAAAAAAAAACUGAGACAAUUUGGGCAUUAGUAAACUCCAUAUUUGAUCGACUUUCACUCGCGAACAAACGCCAAAUCCGUCAAAAAAUAAAUGUCGUGUCGACUUGCAGCUAACUUCAUUUUCAAUCGCGUCCUAAUGUUGUCAGAUAACAUGACACUUCCUUUGCAUGCUCCUGUAGCCGAUCGGGCGCAAAGUUUCACAGUAACAGAAAAUUCCCUGGAAUUUGUCUUCUAUUUUUCCGCGAGAGUUUCCGUGGAAAUAAACGCUUAUAUUCCGCUUGGAAUUUUGCGGAGUUAUCAGCUUUUUUUCGUGUGGAUUUCCUAGAAAAAAAAGUCCGAGGAAUUUUCUUGCAAGAUAUCUGAGAGCAUUCCCUGGAAAUUGAUUCAAAAUUUCCUUUGAAUAUUCCCAGUAUAUUUUCUGAUAUCUUUCCGACCAAGACUCCAUGGAAGUAAGCACGAAAAUUCUGCAAUUAUUUUUCGCCCUAACGCUAUAAUUCUUGCGAGCUAGACAUAGUCAAAUGAACGAUAUGGUAGCAAUAUUUUUAACUCAAAAUUAGAACAACUGAGUGUUCGUCUGAUAGAUGAAUACUCUCCAAGUUCUAAGCUUCCAAUUGGCACUGAUUGUCCAUAUUUGUGGAUGUUUUUUUUGUGUGGAAAUUCUCUAUUUAAGUUCCACGAAUUUUUAAUCAAUUUUUGGAAUUAUUUUGAAGAAAAAUAUAUUUAAAAAAUCCACUGGAAAAGUCGUGGAAUUCUGUAAUAUUUAACCACGGAAGCCUCUAAGGCCGUUGCAUGGAAAUUUCCACGGAGAAUUUCGUGGAAAUAAAGAGGAUUUUUCCAAAUUUUUAAAGGGCUGACUGCCGACUAUACCGCUAAUAAUCCAUAGGAAAAGCCGUGGAAAUAUUCGUUGGAGAAAAGUCCAUGGAAACUCGCGGACAUUUCUUAUUAGACGGUCCUAUACGGAGUUCCGCAAAUGUCCAUGGAACGCUAGGAAGAAAUUUAGCGUCAAAUUCCGUCUCGGAAGCUUACGCGGAUUUUGAACGGUAAAAUCCAGGGAAUUCCACGCGGAUUUUUAGCGGUAAAAUCAGCGGACAUGGCAGAAAAGGCUGCUGGAAAUCCAAUGGAAUCGCCGCGGCCGUUGGCUAUAGGGGCCAUUUAGCUUUAAGCGCCCUCUAACGCAGACGCUAAAUAUGGCCGCUCAAUUUCAAUGGCGGAUAAUAUUACGAUAAUUACGAUACUCUUCAUAAAAUGCAUUAAAAACAAAUUUAAAAAGUUUUUCAAGCCAUUUUUUGACACUUAAUUCGAAUUACAAAAAAAACCUAAAAGAAUAAAUGAGAAAAAAUGUUCUAGGUCCACUUUUAUAGACGUUUUCAGAGUCUGCUUUAUUUAACUGCAAGCCACUGUGGUAGAUCGCAAUCCCCAAUAUCUUUGAUAAAAUAUUUGUAUUGUUAUUGUGAUACUAAUUUAAAAAAAAAAAAGAAAUAUGUUACCAGAAAAACAUUGUGCUAUUGCCACAAAUUACAGUAGA